AUGGGAAAUGAGCUUGACGCUUUCUCAGAGGAGCUUCGACGGCGGCUAGAAGUAAGGAUUAUCAACAAGUAUGCCGUCGUUACGGCGUACGUCAGAAUUACCCUGAAAUCCAUCGGGGCCUUGCUGCUUUUGUGGGCCACCGUGGUCCUACUGGGCGGCUUCGUCUCGUCGAUGAAGAAGGACGAUUUUUGGUCUGUGACCAUCAUCGCAUUCGUGCAGGCUGCCGGGGUAUUCGAAGCAAUCGGAUUUGCUGGCAUGGAUUUAUAUUGGGAGACACAAGAUUUUUAUCAUAACGUUAAAUCUUGGUUACAAAAGUGUUGGUGUGUACUUAACCAGUUGCCUAUGAGACAAUGGUGGAAGAAACAAAUACAAAAGGUCGUGUCAGUUCUAAUAGUUAUCACUCUGUACGUGCGAGCUGUCCUAGUGUUGGGCCUCGCUGUUAGUGGACCAUGUGUUUGCUUACAUGCGUCGAGUCGUGCAACAAAUCAAGACUAUGGCAUCGCGGACGGGGAGGCAAUUAAAGCAAAUAUGAAGCGGGCGCUGAACUUAUUCUACAACGCAGUUUCUGCUCACAGCUUCAUAUCCGUAUUUUGGAUGCCGGCUCAAGCGUUGGCUAAUAAGUUGAUCGAGGAUAUUGUCAGCCGCCAACAUGGUUUCAGCCGCAAGGUAAUUCGUGCAUAUUUGCGCAAAACUAAAGACAUGUGUCUAAAGAACAAAACGUCUGCAACAAGCUGGAAUUUCAUCACAUAUGGUGCCGGCUUGCUGGAUUCCAGCUUACCAGAAGAAUAUGCGGCUGGAGGGAGGGUACUAACUAUGCUGAUUGAUAAGGAUAUACCAUCGCAGGUAAGACGGCUGCUGAUCAGGUCACCCAGACAAAGAAUACAGAAGCUGAUCGACACCCUUGCUUGGAGAAGCCCAGCCGACCAAGAGAUGACAUGGCUUGCAGCGAGAAUUGUGGAGCAUCUCGCUAGCGACCUCAACCUUGCUCACUUUCCAGGAGCAUUGGAAUGCAUAUCCUCCCUCUUCAAUCAAUUACCAGUUGUAUCUGGGCAAGGAACUAAGAACCUGGUAUUGCCAGGCUUGAGAAUUCUUGAGAACCUGGCUCAUGAUGAAGAUAACUGUAGAGCGAUAUACAACAGCAAGGGUCUUCUUUCCAAAAUAGUUGCGCCUCUCCGCUCCAAUGAAUUAGUACAAGAUAUCAAGAGCAGUGCUGCAUGGACCAAGGUAGUACACGGGUCACUGACAGUGGUGACGAAGCUCAUGUCAACUUGUGCAGGAGCCACUGGCAAAGAGAUGCGAGGCCUAAUUGCAGAUGAUAGUCAUGUGGUCGGAAACUUGGAGGCCGUCAUCGAUAUUAAGAGUGACAGCAGUAUCACAAGCCUGCAGGUGGGAGCUUUAACGGUUCUUAUACAAUCAGCAGUGCAUAAUCCAGCAAGUACUUUCACGGAAAGACUUAUUAAGAGGGCACUGCACAUCUUCAUUUCCACGGAUUGGACGGGAGAUUAUUUGAAUCAUGAUAAAAACAGGAUGAAAGAAGCUAAGAGAACUGCAAACCUGCUUAAGCAAAAUGCUGGUGGAGCAUUGGAAAUACUGUCCAGUCAUCCAGAGGCUAUCAAGAGCUUCACAGUAUGCGAUGAUGAUAUCCAUCGUCUUACUGAAUUGCUGGACUGCAAUAUUAAGAGCACUGAAUGCAAAAUAAGUGCAACAGAGACAGUGGAGAUAGAGAUCAGCAUUAGCUGUCGUAUUAGCGCAGCAGUCAUCUUGAAGCAUUUGAGCAAGUACGACAAGGAACCAACCUUACGGAAGGCACUCGAGCAAUUGUUUCCUAUACAACAAGAUGAACCUAUCAAGGACAGGACGCUGCAAGCAUUACUGUUAUCACUCGUCGUGGAGAUUUGUGAGAACAGCAAUAUUGAUCUUGCAGUAAUCUUACUUCAGCAGACGCCGUCGGAUUCCCUGGAAGACUUUGUGGUGAGUCUCAAGAAGAUGGUGGAGGACAACAUGUACGGCCCCGGUGAGUGCCUGGCGAUACAUAAACUCAGCUGCAGGAUGGUUACAGAACUCAUGAAGCAUGAUCGAAACAUCCAAGUGAUCGACAAGCGUAAUAUCGUUGGCACAUUAUUGGAGGCUUCAAAGGCAAUGGCCGAGCUUGAGAGCAGCAUGCUUUUUUCUGGGUUCAAUCAUUAUGACCGCUACGGGGUUCCUCUGAAGCCUCUUUUAUCUGUUCUCUCCAAAAAUACAGAAGAUCUUUUGACACAGAAGAAACAGGCCCUGGGCAUCUACACUGUGCCUGCCUCUGUACCAAUACCACUACCAUGA